AUGAUUUCAAUUAGUCCCUGUUAUGCCAGCGCAACUCCCGAGCUCUUGACACAAGUUGUUCCAUGCGCCGGCCUGCAGGGCUGCGCCGACCUGCUGGUGGACACAUCGCCGCCUCUGCAGGGCAGCGCCGGCCUGCUGGUGGACACAUCGCCGCCUCCGCAGGACAGCGCCGGCCUGCUGGUGGACACAUCGCCGCCUCUGCAGGACAGCGCCGGCCUGCUGGUGGACACAUCGCCUCCUCUGCAGGGCAGCGCCAGCCUGCUGGUGGACACAUCGCCACCUCUGCAGGACAGCGCCGGCCUGCUGGUGGACACAUCGCCUCCUCUGCAGGGCAGCGCCGGCCUGCUGGUGGACACAUCGUCGCCUCUGCAGGGCAGCGCCGGCCUGCAGAGAACAAGAUCCAGCGCCAAGGUAUCGGACGCGAAAUGCACGGACCCGCUGCCGACAAUGGCGUCGGCGACCAGUACGUUGGCCGUGGAUGGUGAGAUGAUCGUCUAUACCUGCGACAGCAAGCAGUUCAACACCGGAGACUCGGCCGUCGUGGUGUACUGUGUGGACGGCAGGUGGCAGAACACCACUGGCAUCACCUGCACUAUGACCGAUGUAGGAGCUUGCACUCCUUCUUCGUUCUCGCCCGACGACACCUCUAUGGUAGUUGACAAAAGAGACACCAAUUUCGCUACACUAAAAUGCGCGAAUGAAACCCUCAAGUGGCUCUCGGGCGAACCUAGAAGGCUGACCCAGUGCCGAGCUGGGACAUGGACCCCCAUCAUGGACCUGUGUGAUCAAGCUUGUCCGAUACCGCGUGACUGUCACGAAGUGGAAGAGCUCGGAUUCAACAGGUCUGACUUCUACAUCGUCGUCCCUACCGGCCAAACGUACGACGCCAGCGUCAAGGUGUACUGCGAGCUUUCACUGAACGACACGGCGGGCGGCCACUGGACCAGAAUUCUCAGCAACAACGCCUCGAACUUCGUUGACGCCACAGGCUCUCAGUGGGAGACUGGCUUCAAUGCCACCGACCCAAGCACGCUGUUCAUGGGCCUGAGACACGUAAGCGCCCUCACCCGGGAACUCAAUGGAACUCUCCGCCCUCACGUUCUGGAGGUGAUCCUGCAGGUGGGGACUGUGGAGUACUUUGCAUCUUACGGGAACUUCACCCUGGGCUCGGUGAUCGACAAGUACCCCAUCCAGUCCUUGGGAACCUACCAUGGCAAUGCCGGGGACGGGCUAUGUCCCCACGUGCACAUGGGCUUCAACCGGGACACGACCAACAUCGGGUGGUGGGGGGACCUGGCCGACCGGGACGCCCUCAUCACGGAGGAGGACGGGUGCCUGCUGACCAACUCGUCAAUGAUAUGGCAGCCUCUGGCCAGCAAAGGCGCGGUCACGUCUGUCAGGAUGCGCAUGUGUUGUGGGGCUGUGGGUUGUGGGGCUGUGACGUCGCAAGCUGCGGGUUGUGGAGCUGUUGUGGGGUGUUAUGUGGCUGAGAUGCUGUUGAAAUUCUGUGUUUUAAUGUGUUUGAUUGUGUAG